AUGGAUUUCGUCAAAUCACUUGUUCUUUCUCCAGAGAUCAACCCCAGUAAUCGGAAAGCCUUGUCAAUUCCCGUCCUCAAUCCGUUUGACCAGUAUGGAAGAGUUUUCUUCUUCUCAUGGCUCGGUUUCAUGGUGGCCUUCCUGUCGUGGUAUGCAUUUCCGCCUCUGUUGACUGUCACGAUCCGAGAAGACCUGAAUAUGACCCAGGCUCAGGUCGCGAAUUCGAACAUUGUUGCACUGCUUGCGACACUGCUUGUCAGAUUUGUUGCCGGGCCAUUAUGCGAUCGCUAUGGGCCUCGAUUGGUUUUCAUUGGGCUGCUAUUAUGUGGUUCUAUCCCAACCGCAAUGGCGGGUCUUGUCACAAAUGCCCAAGGUCUGAUUGCACUACGGUUCUUUGUUGGUAUUCUCGGGGGCACUUUCGUCCCCUGUCAAGUGUGGUGCACGGGCUUCUUCGAUAAAAAGAUCGUUGGAACUGCCAAUUCCCUGGCGGCUGGUUGGGGAAAUGCCGGUGGUGGAAUUACUUACUUUGUUAUGCCUGCCAUCUACGACUCCCUCAUCUCCGCCCAAGGCCUUCCCUCACAUAAAGCAUGGCGUGUUGCCUAUGUGAUUCCUUUCAUCAUCAUUGUGGGUGUAUCCUUGGGUAUGCUUUUCACCUGCGAAGACACGCCCACAGGUAAAUGGUCAGAGCGUCAUAUCUGGGUCCGUGAGAACAGACGGCCAGAGGACAGCAACAACAUCGUCGAUCUCAGCUCGGGCAACCCAUCUACUCGACCUUCUGGUCCGCCAUCUGUCACGAAUGUCGUAGCAGAUGUGGAAAAGAAAGGCACGCAAUCGCCCAAUUCGGUGGACAACGAAGGUCAAAUGAUCGGACAGUUUGACGCCCUGAAGAAUGACACUGUCGUCGCCCCUACCCGCAGAGAGGGCUUGAAAGUCUUCUUCAGUCUCUCCACCGCAGCCGUAGCUAUUCCAUACGCUUGCUCCUUCGGAGCCGAGCUCGCCAUUAACUCCAUCCUGGGCGAAUUCUAUUCCGAAAACUUCCCUCACAUGGGCCAGACCCAGUCAGGCAGAUGGGCCGCUAUGUUCGGCCUUCUCAACGUUGUCUUCCGACCGGCUGGUGGGUUCAUUGCCGACAUGCUCUACCACUAUACACAAUCGGUGUGGUCGAAGAAGCUUUUCCUAUCCUUCUUGGGCGUUGUCAUGGGUGCCUUCCAGCUGGCAAUGGGACUUUCCAACCCCAAGAGCGAAGCAACCAUGUUUGGACUGACGGCUGGGCUGGGCUUCUUCCUUGAGGCAUGCAACGGUGCGAACUUCGCCGUUGUGCCUCAUGUUCACCCCUUUGCCAAUGGAGUCGUCUCCGGCGCCGUUGGAGGAAUGGGUAACCUUGGAGGUAUCAUUUUUGCCAUUAUCUUCCGAUACAACGGCAAUCACUAUGCUCGGUCGCUUUGGAUCAUCGGAGUAAUCGUCAUUGCCGCCAACCUUGCCGUUGCGUGGAUUCGACCGGUCCCCAAGAGCCAGAUGAUGCGAUAA